AAUGCACCACCGCUUUGCCAUCCAUGCAUUCAGUCCUGUCUGUGGUGGUACCUGCUGGCUGCUUAACUUAGCUAGCAGUCUUACCUAUCAGUUCAGGAGUAACAAAAAAAUGAACGCGAGAGAAAAUGAUUUUUAUUUUGUUUCCCUCUCGAUGUGUCGUCGUGUUUUAAGGAAAAGAUGAAGACCAUCCACUUGGUUUUAGUAUUUUAGCCGUUAGAGCAUUUUUUUUUUCUGAAUCCGUUUUGCGUGUAACUGGAAGUGGAAAAGACAAAGAGAAAAAGAGCUUUCCAAUAGCUAGAAUGGUUUGGGCCUAAAAAGAAGACAAGAGCAACAUGAACCGUGAGGACCGGAAUGUGCUCCGAAUGAAAGAACGAGAAAGGCGAAAUCAAGAAAUCCAGCAGGGAGGAGGAGAGGCCUUCCCAGCAAAUUCCCCUCUCUUCCCCGAACCCUACAAAGUGGUGAGCAAGGAAGAUAAACUGUCCAGCCGUAUUCAGAGCAUGCUGGGCAACUACGACGAAAUGAAAGAGCCAAUUGGUGACACCAUUCCAAAACUUAAUAGUAAACCAUCCAACAGCUCGUCUUCCUCUGAGGAGAAGUCGGGUCCACCUUUGUUUGGUGGGGACCAGCGGUGUGGCGGCAGCAGCCAGAGCAGUAAGUGGACCCCUGUUGGCCCCGCAGCGGGCGGAUCUUCAUCCCAGUCCCAGAAACGCUCAGGACUCCAGGGCGGGCACAGCAGCCAGAGGAGCAACGGAGGCGGCAGCAGCAACAGUAGCCAGAGAGGGGAGGUGCGGGAAAAAAAGUCAAGUAAACACAGCGGAGGUUCCGAUCACUCGAAGUCACAUAUGUCAAGUCCGGCAAAGGGCUCUCUAAGUUCCUCCAGUAGUCACUCGCGGAGCUCUUUGUCUGCUGAGCAGCAUCACAACAAGGACCGCUACCGCUCAAAGUCACCGCGAGACAGAGAGGCCAACUGGGACUCACCUUCACGGGUUCACACGUCCUUCCCCAGUGGACAGCACUCAAGUCAGGCCUUUCCCCCAUCUCUCAUGUCCAAGCCCAGCACAAUGCUGCAAAAACCAACAGCCUAUGUGCGGCCUAUGGAUGGCCAGGAAACAGCAGAACCUAAGAGUUCGCAAGCGGAAAGCUACACUGGACAGUCGCAUAGCAGCACUGUGGGAGAGAUGAAGUCCAAGCUUGCCAAACUUAAGAUCCCUUCCCAACCUGUAGAGGGAUCCGGUGAUGCCAACUGUGUCGACGAAAUUCUGAAGGAAAUGACUCAGUCAUGGCCCCCUCCUUUGACGGCCAUCCACACUCCCUGUAAAACAGAGCCCUCCAAGUUUCCAUUCCCCACCAAGGAUACUCACCCUUUUCCAAGUGGGCACAAGCGAGGCAGUUCAUCAAAGAGCUCGAGUAGCCACCAAGCCAAAACUUGCGAUGACCAGCCCACUAGGUUGGAGGAAGACCUAAGGCUAAGCAGCAGUGAGGACAGUGAUGGAGAACAGGACUCUGCCAAGAAUGCCUCAAGGAACACAUCAGCAAGCAAUAACAGCGAAGCAGCUGAGCAAUCAAGGGACGACUCCAGCAGCCAUAGUGGCUCAGAGAGCAGCUCGGGCUCUGACAGCGAGAGCGAAAGCAGCACGACAGACAGCGAAGCCAACGAGCAACCACGGCCUGCCUCCCCUGAACCUGAAAAACCCAUGGCAAACAAGUGGCAGUUGGACAACUGGUUCAAGAAGGCCAAGCAGUCCUCACCUUCAUCCCCAUUGGACAACAAUAACGUCCCACCCAAAUUCAAGAAAGAUGGCCGAGAUAACAGCUCAGGGCGCAGCUAUAGUAGCCAAGGAGGGGGGUCAAAAGAUUCAGCAGCACCCACCCCAAGCAGGGACCUGCGGGCAGCCCAGAAAGGUGCAGAAGGUGGCCGUGGCCGGCAAAAGUCACCCGCACAGAGCGAGGGUGGCACAAAUCCACGUAUUCGAGUGGGUAAAAAGCAGCCUAAAAAAUCUGAGAAGCCUCCUGUGGUAGAGGAACCAAAGGGAGGUCUGAGAGUGGAGAGUGAGCCGGCUCCAGAGAUACCACCUCAUCAGCCCAAAGCUGCUACGAAGGGUUCACGCAAACCAAGCAAUAAAAAAGAACCCAAAUCCUCGCCGAGGCCCACUACUACUCCCUCCAGCACUGCAGCCCAGCGCAAGCCCAAGGCAGCAACCAAGACUUCUCAGAAAUCUCGUGAAUUUGUUGACACAGACUUUUCAUCAUCAGACUCCGAAGGAAACGACAGCAUCCCGUCCUCAUCCCAGACACCCAAGUACACAGAGAGUAUCAGGACACCCGUGUGCGUUUUUUCGCCUGGGGAAGAGAGAGGGCUGCUGUCUCCUCUCAGUGACCCCGAGGACCGCUACCCUGCAAGACAGCCUCAGCAGCAAGUUUUAUUAGUCAAGAUAGAUCUCAGCUUGCUGUCCAGAAUCCCAGGGCGGCCCUACAAGGAACCUGCAGAGAUAAAAGUGGAGAGGGAAGACUCUCUCGACAGGGACAGCAAAGACUUCAGCAAACAGAGCUCUGAGAAAAGCUCGAGCAAGGCCAAGAGGAAACACAAGACUAAUGAGGAAGGCACAAAGCCAGAGACCAAGCGGAUCAAGCUAGAGGAUAAAUCUACAUCCCAUCAUAAAAGCAGCAGUAAAGAUUCUAAAAGGUCUUCGGAAAAGAAAGAGGAGCCAGUCCCCUCUCCUUCCAUGCGGACAAUUAAGGCAGAGCAUCCCAGUCGAAAGCGGACAGUCAGCCAGUCCUCCACGUCAUUGUCCAGCGGGACAGGAAGUGGAAAAGAAGGGAGCCACAGCACCAAGGGCAGCUCCACCUCCAAACAUAGAAAAGGAGAGGAAAAAGGGCGCAGCACACGUGACUGCAAGGAGAAAUCCUCAAAGGGUUGCGAUAACCAGCUGGCUGUGCCCCCGCUCUCCACAGACGGCUCCAAGUCUCAGAGAUCCAAGCUGGUGUUUGAGGACAGGGUCCAUUCAGCAGAUCACUACUUACAGGAGGCCAAGAAACUUAAACACAAUGCAGAUGCACUGUUUGACCGUUUUGACAAGGCGGUUUUCUAUCUGGAUGCUGUGGUGUCUUUCAUUGAAUGUGGUAACGCGCUGGAGAAGAGCGCUCAAGAGGCAAAGUCUCCUUUCCCCAUGUAUGCUGAAACGGUGGAGCUUAUCAAAUACACUAUGAAGUUAAAAAGCUACAUGGCCCCAGAUGCUACUCCAGCAGACAAGAGGCUAGCUGUGCUGUGCCUGCGAUGCCAGUCUCUUCUCUACCUGCGGUUGUUCAAGUUGAGAAAAGACAGCGCUCUAAAAUACUCUAAAACACUCACCGAACACCUAAAGAACUCUUUGAGCAACACCCAAGCUCCCUCUCCUGGAAUGGGAAAUAAGACGGCAGGUAUGCCCUCUCCAGUAUCUCCCAAACUCUCACCGGGCACAGCGGGUGGCUACUCAGCAGUCAGCAGUACCAGCAGCACUAGCUCGUCUGUGACCAUACCUCAGCGGAUCCACCAGAUGGCUGCCAGUUAUGUCCAGGUCACCUCCAACUUCCUGUACGCCACCGAGGUCUGGGACCAGGCUGAGCAACUAUCUAAAGAGCAAAAAGACUUCUUCACAGAGUUGGACAAAGUUAUGGGACCUCUGAUUUUCAACACCAGCAGCAUGACAGAACUGGUGCGUUACACUCGGCAGGGCCUCCACUGGCUGCGCUUGGACGCAAAAGUUAGUCCCUAGCGAGGACUCACUCCCUGCAAGCUGCUUUUCCACACACCCACACCUCAGCCUCUUGUGUUUGGCAACAUCUGCUCAGAGACAGACACACAAACGCACGCACGCAUGCUCUCAAAAAAGACAGACACACAAACACAACCCUCCUCUGGUCCUCCAUUUACACACACGUGUGAUUAACUUCUCAGACAUAUCUCCAACACUGUGUCCAUUUCCUACACCAGCUUGCCAAAAAAAACAAAACAAGACAAAAAUACCAACACUGAGCAAUUUAGAGCAUCUCUCACCUUCGACGGCACCACACAGGGAGAAGCAUCCAAACUGCAGCAGGAGUCAGAAGAGCUUAUCGCCUGGCUUCACACAUAUAUCGGCAUUCUUAAGAAAUCUUCGAAGGCCAUGUUUUUAAUCUCUUCAGCAUGGAAGCACUGGGUGAAUUAUUUAUUAUGAAUACACUAAAACUCUGCUUUGGUUUUUAGGCUACUUUGGCUUUGAACUUUUUAUUUGUCUUUGUUUCACCAAAGUACCUCCCAUGAACACCAAAGGUGCUUUAAAAAUGAAGGUUUCUCUUUAUCAUUUCUGUGCCUUGUAUGUCAGCUACAGGAAAAGUCACCGGUCAUAUCUGAUUCAAUUAUUUUUCUUUUCUUUUCACAGUUUUUACUUUUUUGUCUUUUUAACACUUAACAGUUGUUUCAGCAGUUAUUCUUGCAGCAUUUACUGGGUUUGUGUUUUGUUUUUGUUUUGUUUUUUAUGUAUUUGCAAAGCUGGUGUUGGUCACCACAAAUUAAACCUUGAAGAAUCCCACUGAAGAUUUAAGGACUGAAGGAAGGGCUACUGUGCACAGCAGAUUUCGUGGGGCACACACAUAUUUAUUAAUGAUCCCUUAGGACAUCUGUUGAUCGGUGUACUUGGCUCAAAAAGUGCCAUUUCAUUUUUCAGAAUCAUGAAAUGUGAUUGCCCUUUCUAAUAAAUUAAACGCUUCACAUGGCCUCCAGGGGUCGCUAGCGGGAGACCUCAGCAAGAUUGAUGAUGGCAAAUGUUGAGAUUUUCCGCCUCUUUGAAGCUUCACAAUUCUUUCCCACUCAUAGCGGCAUUGUUCAUUCAAAAAUUUCCUAGAGUGCGAGCUGUUUCCAAAUCAGUGUUAUUCUAUUUUUCUAGGGAACAGCAGGGAGUGUUUAAGUAUUGAAGAUCAUGUCCACAUCCAAUGCAGUCACAGUACAUUUUAUAAAAACUGGGCCUAAGUUGCCGCUAAUUUGGCUGAACAGAAGCUAAUUUAUUUGAAGGGAAAUAUGUUGUCUGGGGAAUGGAACUCAUCAGCGAUGCAGAUGAUCAGUGUUGUAUUUAUACAGCAGAGUUUUAAAUCUAUCAUUAUAUAUUUCAAGAAAAAGUAUAAAAACCAAUAUAGAUUUUAUUUAUAUACCAACCAGUUUCUUUUACUUCCUUCUAGCCAAGCAAAAGUAU